AUGGAUUGGUACAAUCGUUCGAAGAGAAAUUCGAUAUCAGCUGGUGUUUCUUCUUCAUUUUCCCCCAGCUAUAAUAGCGAUGCGUAUUUCGGUCCAACACAAAUGUCCUCGUAUUAUGGAAACUACCACCCUUUGCUACCUCCAAGCUCUAAUCCAGGCUCCAAUCAAUCACCCUUGCCAUUAGAAAGAAAUUCAUAUUUCCUAUCAAAGCUUCCCCUAUAUUGCUCAGACUGGAUGUUCUCGAAUGGAGCAAACCUUGAUUGUAUAGCAUUAAGCUCAUAUAAGGAAGGCUUUACAAAUACAAUUCAGGUUGUCCAUGGACUAGGCUACGGUAAAGAGGCCAUGAUAAUGUGCGAGGAAGAUGGUACAUCUGGCAGCAUACUGCCUACUUUGUCUGAACCCCGAGUUCCAGAUGAUAAAAUAGAAGGGUUCGAUUUCCAUAAGGUUGCGGAAAUAGCAUUAGAUUAUCCUGUGACAAACAUACAGUGGGAUCCAUCGAUGCACAACUAUAAUAGUGGAUUUACAGAAAGAUUAGCAACAUCGUCAGAAGUCUUGAGGCUUUACAAGGUUGAGCAUGAUGUUCUUGACCACAAUAGUGACUACAAAUUAGCCCAAACACAUAUGUUAGUGAACAAUACUGCAAGUGGCACAUCCAAGGGUAGUGGAUAUGAUCUAGUCAAUAAAUAUCCACCUUUAACGUCUUUUGAUUGGAACAAGAGCGAUCCGCAUAUUAUAAUAACGUCAUCAGUGGAUACAACUUGCACCGUUUGGGAUCUUCACCGUUCGCACUCUGUACAAGAUACUACUCAACGUACUACUACAGACACCGCUACAGUCAAAACACAAUUAAUAGCCCAUGAUUCUGAGGUUUUUGAUGUCAAGUUUUUGCAUAACUCAACGAAUAUUUUUGCAUCUGUGGGCAAUGAUGGUUCUAUGAGAAUUUUUGAUUUGCGUUCACUAGAGCAUUCAACGAUCAUAUAUGAGCCCCCAGCUGUAAGUCUGAGUUCGUUGAAUGUACCCUUAUCUGCGGAGCCUCUCUCAAACCUGUUGCAUUCUAAAGCAUUGCUAAAAGUGUCAUGCUCUAAUGUCGAUCAGCAUCAUUUAGCAACUUUUGGCGUCAAUUCGAACCAAAUACUCAUCAUCGACAUGCGUAUGCCAGGUGUACCAGUUGCGAAUAUAGAUGGCUCACUGGGAUCUACCUCAACUGCAAGUAUAAAUUCUAUUAAGUGGCACCCUACCUCAAACUUACUACUCUCUGGUGGUGACGAUUGUCAAGCCUUGGUCUGGGACUGUAAUGCGCUCCUGCAGCCAAAUCCGGCUUCGGAAGUGACUGCUAUUAUUGAUACACCUGUAUUUGCCUACGAGGAAGAUUUGGAGGUCAAUAACGUCUGCUGGCGGAUGGAUAAAGGUAAUUGGGUAGGCGUCGUAAGCGGCAAAGGAUUUCAAGCUGUUCUGAUAUAG